UUAGACGGCGGACGCGAAUAGCCGCACCAGCACCCCGGCAGCCAGAGGGACAGCGUUGAGCGGAAGGGGGAGAAGAAGCAUGGCGCCGGUGAAUUCGGUGCUGCUGCUGCUGCUGCUGGCCGUCCUGCUGGCGGCCGGUGACUCGGAGGCAGCGCUGCCAGAGGUGAUCAAGAUCGGUGCUCUGCUGACAGGCGAUGACGAUGCGCUUGCGGAGAGCGCUCUGCGCUACGCCGUGGACCGCGUCAACACGGACCCCGUGCUUCUGCCCGAGGCCAAGCUGUCGUUGCAAGUGGAGCGGCUGGACGAGCACGCUGGCACGUUGCAAGCGUACCGCAAAGUGUGCGGCCUCCUGGAAGGCGGCGCCAUCGCCCUGGUGGGUCCCGUGGGUGGCGGCCACGCGUCCUCGUUGGCUGCGUCGGUGUGCGCCGCUCUGCGGGUGCCGCAGCUGGAGACCGAGGAAGACGCCGCCGAGGGGGCCUUCACCCUCGACAUGGCCCCGUCGCCUCGCGUGCUUGCCGACGCCUGCGCUGACCUGCUGGAACGCUUGGGGUGGCUGUUCGUCGCAUACCUCUACGAGGACGCCGAAGGCCUCGAGCGACUCCAGGAGCUCGAGAGAGAGGAGGACAUGUCUGAGCGCAAGUUGCUCGCUUUCGACCUGUCUGAGGACGACGUGUGGUCAGAGCUGGUCCAGUCAGGCUACCGCAACAUCAUCAUCGAUGUCGACGAAAACCGCAUUGAGGACGUCAUGAUGCAGGCGCUCGAGGCGGGCUUGGUGACAGAGCUGCACAGCUACCUGCUCGUGUCCUUGGACGCCCACGUGCCAGGAAGCAGACCUGCCCUUCGUCAGGCGAUGGCCGAAGCCCGGGUGUACAGCUUUCGCAUGCUGGAGCUUGAUAACGACGACUUUAUCCUGCUGGGCCGAAGACUGGUGCGCUACCAUCCGGACCUCACCGCCGGCGGGAGAGAGAAGCAGACGCAGAUGGCGCUUGUGCACGACGCCGUCCACGUGUUUGCGGCUGCGCUUCACAACCUGUCCAUAUCCGGGGGCAACCUGGAGCCGAAUCCUGUGGAGUGCGACACUGCCACGUUUCUCAACGACGGCCAGCAACUUCUGGAUGCCCUGAAGAGUGUUAGCUACGAAGGAUUCACGGGAGAAAUCAAUUUUGAUGAAGACGGGGAACGGGAGGUGGAUGACCUGCGGCUGUUUGAGUGGUACCGAGGACGCAGCGAACAGGUGGCGACGUGGAGCGCCGAAAAAGGCCUCGAUUUCGUGCAUGACCCAUACGACGAUGAUGGUGUGCCUGGAGGCGAAGGCAUCGACGACUCCAUCGACGAGAACUCGCUGGAGAACCGGACCGUCAUCGUCACCACCAUUCUGUCACCGCCUUUCGUGAUGCUCAAGGAAGGCGCCGAGAAUCUGGAGGGCAACGACCGCUUCGAGGGCUUCUGCGUGACGAUGAUCGAAAAGGUGGCGCGCCUACUGGGCUUCCACUACAGGCUCAACAUCGUGGCGGACGGCCGCUUCGGAGUCGAGCAGGAGCCCGGCCGUUGGAACGGCAUGAUCGGAGAGCUACAAUCCGGGAGAGCAGACAUGGCGCUGGCCCCGCUCACCAUGACCUCCCGGCGAAGCAAUGCUGUGGACUUCACGGCGCCCUUCAUGACGCUGGGCAUCGGGCUGCUGAACGCGCGCGCGGACGAGACCGUGGCGCACACUUUCCUCAGUCCCUUCAGCGCGGCGCUGUGGUGCGCCGUGGUGGCCACAGUGCUCGCCUCGAUGCUGCUCCUCAGCCUGGUGGGCCGCAUGUCUCCGCUCGAGUGGCGUCGCAUCACUGACUCCCGCCUCGACACGGACUACACGCUGGGCAACUGCUUCUGGAUGCUCUUCAGUGGCCUCACCUUGCAACGCGUCACGCUCACGCCGAAGGCGCCAUCCACCGUUGUGGCGAUGGUGUCUUGGUGGCUCUUCUCCCUGGUCGUGAUGGUGGCGUACGCGUCGGUGCUGGGGGAGUUCAUCAUCCGCUACCGUGACCGGCCCACGCUCGACAGCCUCGACGACCUGCUGCGCCAGAAGGAGAUCAAGUACGGAACGCUGCGUCAGGGCUCAACGCACGACUUCUUCAAGCGCUCGACGUUCCCGCAAUACAUGAAGCUUUGGCAGGGCAUCCAGAGCCAGGGUGACGAGGCGUUCGUCGACAGCUACGCCGAGGGCCUGGAACGCGUCAUGGGUGGCUCGUACGCCCUGUUCAUGGACUCGCCCGCCCUCGAGUAUUUGGAGAGCCGCUACUGCGAAGUGGAGCAAGUAGGCGAGGUCAUCGGCUCCUCGGGAUACGCCAUCGCAUUGCCCAAGGGCAGCGCCUUCCGGUCCGAGCUGUCGGCGGCCAUCAUCCGGCUGAAGAGCGAGGGCACCCUGCAGCUGCUGCGCCAGCACUGGUGGCACGAGCACGGCGCCGUCAAUUGUCCGCGCGAGCAGCCCGUGUACCGGCCCACCCCGUUCACGGUGCGCUUCGGUCGCCUCAGCCUGGUCUUCGUGUUCCUCCUCCUCGGUCUCGUCAUCACCAUGCUCGUCAUGCUAUUCAUCUUCGUGCGAGGACACGCGAGGAAGAACCUCAGCGCCGAGUCCAUGAGUGCCGUGUGGACCACCCUGGUGGACGAGCUGCGUGCAGCAAUGCUGUGCCGCAAGGAGAAGAAGCCCUCCAAGGAGGAAGGAGACGAGGCCAAGGACCAGGCGGCGGCCACACCCGCCACGGAGCUGCCCACCAUCACCACUUCGAACGACACCGCUCCGUGAUUCCUCCGAGCAGCUGGACACUGGGCUCGCGCGUUCCAGGCGCACGACGCGGCGCAGCGAAUCGAUGGUCGGUCCCAAGACUUUCGCCGGCCUCCUUCGCACCCACGCCGCAGAAGCCAAAUUCGUUGUCGCGUAACAGCCCUUUUCUCAAAUCGUGAAAUCGAGGUCACUGCUUGACAGAGUUUAUAUUUCUGCAACUGCUGGUGCCUGCAGGCGUCACAAUCUUGUCUUCGAUUCAGCCCUGUACGCUGACGAGAAACAACAGUUGUGUUAAGUUUCUUUGGUUAUGAGACGAACGCGACUUUAAGUAUCAGUAGAGUGAAAUGAAAAUUUCAGACGAAUAUGCGUGCGCAUCGCCAUCGUAAAUAGUUACGUGACAGUGUGGAGAAGAAAACAAAACACUGCGUAGGCUGUGCGAUGUAUAGACACCGAGACAUGGAGAAGUUAUGCAGCCCGCUUCAUUGCAUCGCUACAUUGGCUUGCGCUUAUGAUACUCUCUUAGAAAAUGUGGGCCAUAUAAACACUUACUAAAUACUCUAGGUGCGUGAAAAUGAGUUCAAUUGGCUUUCUUGAAAGUAAACUUGUUAUGGCUAUGAAGAAUGGUUCAAUGGAGCGUUAGGAUUUAUUUAACGUCUGCGGAAAGAGAAGAGAGGCGAUGUGGAGCAGUGCUUAUGUGAUUCUUUUGUUAUGGACAAGUUCAUAGGUGUAUGUGGUGAUAGGAUAGGCACUCUAUACGGUGAGCAGGUAGCAGACUUCAGAAACAUAGGUUCUGAGGCCAUAUAAACAUGGGUAUAAAGUGGAAACGACUUAGACUACGGGAAAAUAGCAAACACUGAAUAAAGAGGGGACGAGGACAUUCGUGAGGAUAAUGAGGUUUUCAACUUUCCUAAAGGAAUGCGGCGUCCACACUGCUGAAUAAAGAGUGCUCAUUAUGUCACAGGCGAUGUAUGAAUAUACGUUAUUGCUGCAAAGCAGGAAGAAAAAAGGACAGAUGCCAACAUCGGGACAUAAACUAUAAAAUGAUGAACUUUCGAGAGACAGUAACAGACAAAUGUGUAGCAAGUGGCUUGAAAUUUAAAUAUUGUUUUGCAGUUUCUCGUGGCUCUACAGGCCAUUAUUGAAACCUGAGAUGUAUCUAUAUGGUGUAACAACACUUACGGUGCAAUUUACUUGGGCAGAUAUGUUCUAGCCUUGCCAAAAACAUUGCUGGAGCUCUUUUUUUAAAGGGUGGAGUUCCACCACCCAUUAUGUAUGUUCAUGUGCGUUUGUAUGUGGGCGUUUAUAUAAUCGCGCAAACAAAAUUUAAGAAAUUGGGGAGGUGAGGUAACCCCUCCUCUUGGCAAAGUCAAUCAAUCAACUUGCUAUCGUUCGAAACAAAACAAAAUAUUAUUGAUUGUAAUGAUGUCACGAUGUGAGUAGGGGCAGAAACAGAAUGUACAAUUUGUGCGGAAGUAUUUUGGCGGUGUCAUUCGAAGUGCCCUGAAGCUAAUUCAUAUCGAAAACAUGGUACCUUCAACUAAUAAACGCGUUGAAAUUAACUUCGUUAACUCGUGCAGCGUUGUGAUACAUACUCUGCUGAAGCAGAUCUCAUGACACCCACUGCGGUAGCCUAGUGGCCAAGGCACUUGGCUGCUGACCCGCAUAUCGCGGGAUCGAAUCCCGGCUGCGACGGCCACAUUUUCGAUGAAGGAGAAAUGUUGUAGGACCGUGCGCUCAUAUUUGGUUCGUCGCUAAAGAACUCCAGGUGGUCGAAAAUUCCGGAGCCUCUCAUAAAUCAUAUGGUGGUCUUGGGACAUUACAACUAACAAUUAUAAUGUAUUACAGAACUCGUGACAUUAUGUCUUCGGUAAUCUGUCAAUGUAAAAUGGUCAACGUAAAACGAGCUUAGCGACUGUACCAUUGCACGAAAAGUGGGACACAACCCUCGUUCGAGAGAACGUUUUUGUUAGCCGCCGAUUCGCAACAAAACCUGGUUAUGUUUUUCAGUGCCGGAAGCUUUUGAGGACAGAUAGUUACAAGAUGGAUCUCGUUUUUCUUUGUUUCGUUCUUAGUGUGCGAUGUUGCAAAGAAAAAAAAAACGAAGUUUGUGGUCAAGUCUGUUCUUCAAGCAUAUACAAAAUAUUCAGUGUGUGUGCUUCAAAUAGUAUUUGCAUAUUUUAUAACACUGCCAACGGCUGCUUUUCUUGUGGUAUAAAAAAGGGGAAAAAUGUUAGUAGGAUUUUAAACACCAAGUUAUGCAGUUCUCGUAACCUGUAAUAUAACUAUUAUUCGGUUCUUUGAAUAGCUUGAUAAUUAUUCGUAAAUCCUGCUGAGUUUAUUGCAGCUUUGUUAAUGCAUAAUAGCGUAAAUGCUUAGACAUAGAUCCUAAUUUAUGCUUUCAAUUUAAAGGGGUAGGUUGACUACCAAACAACAUAAGAAAGUUCUAUUUGUUCAAAUAUAGUCGGUAUCUUGGCAUUCAUUGUUGUCUAUUUUUUACAAGCAUUUUAUUGCAAACCCUAUAUAUAGGCAGACUUAAGCAUCUGCGUACAUGAGAAAUUCGACUACUUUUGAGGAUAUAAAACUUAUCAUGUACAAGACUGCACCGAAUCGCCGCUUGGAACACCACAACAUGCAAGCCACAGAAUGAAUGAAAAUUUCUCACGGCAUCUUGGCGAUGACAUGGUUUUUAUUAUUUGCAUUAUGCUUCGUGUUCGAAUCACUCAAUGCGAGUUGUGUAAAGUUAGUUUGUCAAUAAAAAUGUUAAAAAAUGC